CUCCGAAUAUUCUGGUCUUGUAUUAGUAAUCAGUUUCGAUAUUUUGGAAUAUGAAUAGAGACGAGAGGGAGAGGGUAAGCUCAUUACAUUAGAAAAAAAAGAUAUUGGGAAUUAAUUCCCAAUAAAUAAGAAAUAAUUGAGCGUGAGAGCCAAAUGAAUCGAAAGGUUCAUGUUUGGUUCGGGAAGGGAUCAUGGAAUUUUUGAAAUAAAAAAAAAUGAAUGGAAAGAUAAUCUACUUUCAUUAAGUGAUUUAUUAGAUAAUCGAAAAGAGAGGAUCUUGAAUACUAUUCGAAAUUCAGAAGAACUACGCGGGGGGGCUAUUGAACGGCUGGAAAAGGCCCGGGCCCGCUUACGGAAAGUAGAAAUGGAGGCGGAUCAGUUUCGAGUGAAUGGAUACUCUGAGAUAGAACGAGAAAAAUUGAAUUUGAUUAAUUCAACUUAUAAGAUUUUGGAACAAUUAGAAAAUUACAAAAAUGAAACCAUUUAUUUUGAACAACAAAGAGCGAUUAAUCAAGUCCGACAACGGGUUUUCCAACAAGCUUUACAAGGAGCUCUAGGAACUCUGAAUAGUUCUUUAAACAACGAGUUACAUUUACGCACCAUUAGCGCUAAUAUUGGCUUGUUUGGGGUGAUGAAAGAAAUAACUGAUUAGCCCUUUUUUUUACCUUUUACUUUAUUGUAGAUUGUAGGCAUUAUUUUUUUUCUUCCAAAAAAUAAUUAGGAAAUACUCAUGGUAACUAUUAGAGCCGACGAAAUUAGUAAUAUUAUCCGUGAACGUAUUGAGCAAUAUAAUAGAGAAGUAAAGAUUGUAAAUACUGGUACCGUCCUUCAAGUGGGCGACGGCAUUGCUCGUAUUCAUGGUCUUGAUGAAGUAAUGGCAGGUGAAUUAGUAGAAUUUGAAGAGGGUACCAUAGGCAUUGCCCUAAAUUUGGAAUCAAAUAAUGUUGGUGUUGUAUUAAUGGGUGACGGUUUGAUGAUACAAGAGGGAAGUUCUGUAAAAGCAACAGGAAAAAUUGCUCAGAUACCAGUGAGUGAGGCUUAUUUGGGUCGUGUUAUAAAUGCCCUGGCUAAGCCUAUUGACGGUCGGGGUGAAAUUUCAGCUUCUGAAUCUCGGUUAAUUGAAUCUCCUGCCCCAGGUAUUAUUUCGAGACGUUCCGUUUAUGAGCCUCUUCAAACAGGCCUUAUUGCUAUUGAUUCGAUGAUCCCUAUAGGACGUGGUCAGCGAGAAUUAAUUAUUGGGGAUAGACAGACCGGUAAAACAGCAGUAGCCACGGAUACGAUUCUCAAUCAGCAAGGGCAAAAUGUAAUAUGUGUUUAUGUAGCUAUCGGUCAAAAAGCAUCUUCUGUGGCUCAGGUAGUGACCACUUUCCAAGAAAGGGGAGCGAUGGAGUACACCAUUGUGGUAGCCGAAACGGCGGAUUCCCCAGCUACAUUACAAUACCUCGCUCCUUAUACAGGAGCUGCUUUGGCUGAAUAUUUUAUGUAUCGUGAACGACACACCUUAAUCAUUUAUGAUGAUCUUUCCAAGCAAGCACAGGCUUAUCGCCAAAUGUCUCUUCUAUUACGAAGACCGCCGGGUCGUGAAGCUUAUCCAGGAGAUGUUUUUUAUUUGCAUUCGCGCCUUUUAGAAAGAGCCGCUAAAUCAAGUUCUCAGUUAGGUGAAGGAAGUAUGACUGCUUUACCAAUAGUUGAGACCCAGUCGGGAGACGUUUCGGCGUAUAUUCCUACUAAUGUGAUUUCCAUUACAGAUGGACAAAUAUUCUUAUCCGCCGAUCUAUUCAAUGCUGGAAUCAGACCUGCUAUUAAUGUGGGGAUUUCCGUCUCCAGAGUAGGAUCGGCGGCUCAAAUUAAAGCUAUGAAACAAGUCGCUGGUAAAUCAAAAUUGGAAUUGGCCCAAUUCGCCGAAUUAGAAGCCUUUGCACAAUUUGCUUCUGAUCUCGAUAAAGCUACUCAGAAUCAAUUGGCACGAGGUCAACGAUUACGUGAGUUGCUUAAACAAUCCCAAUCAGCUCCUCUUACGGUGGCAGAACAGAUAAGUACUAUUUAUACCGGAACGAAUGGUUAUCUUGAUUCAUUAGAAAUUGGACAAGUAAGGAAAUUUCUCGUUGAGUUACGUACUUACUUAAAAACGAAUAAACCUCAGUUCCAAGAAAUCAUAUCUUCUACCAAGACAUUCACUGAGGAAGCGGAAACGCUUUUGAAAGACGCUAUUCAGGACCAAAUGGAACGUUUUCGACUUCAGGAACAAUUAUAAAUAGAAAAUUCUAACUUAAUGGAAUAUAGAGAAAUCGAUUCUAAAUUGCGUCCAAUAGGAUUUGAACCUAUACCAAAGGUUUAGAAGACCUCUGUCCUAUCCAUUAGACAAUGGACGCUUUUCAUUACGAUUUUUUGACAUUUUGACUUUUUUUCUCUUGUUCGGUUUUUUCUUUUCUCUUGGUUGGAAAAACUAAAGAACAUGUGAAAAAUUGUAUUGUUAGGAAUUGCGUAUUUAUUAAUUCAAUUCAAUGAUGCUAAUGCAUCGUUGAAUUGAAUUAAUAAAUAUUCAAAUAGAUAGAAUAGAUAGAAUUCGAAUAUCGAGCGGGUAGCGGGAAUCGAACCCGCAUCGUUAGCUUGGAAGGCUAGGGUUAUAGUCGACGUUGAUUCAUUAUUUUUAGCGUCUCUAAUUCAAAACCGAACAUGAAAUUUUGGUUUCAUUCGGCUCCUUUAUGGAAGAUGGAUAAAUAAAAAAAAAAGAAAUCAAAAAAAUUGAAUAUAAAUAAGAUAAAGAUAAGGCAGGAACGAAAUGAAAUAAGAA